CACCGUGAAGGAAGGCGGGGCUCGGGGGCCGCGGAAUGGCGGCCGAGGCCUGCACGUCCUCGUGGGCUUCCGCACCUCUCCACCCCGGGCUCGUCGCCUGCUGAGAGAUGCAGGCCCAUUCGAUUUCUUUCCCGCGCCCUGCUCUCAUCCAAAGGAGGAACUUGACAACCUGAGAAGCAAGCUUGACAUAUCCCAGAGUCCCAGAGGUAGGGGCAAAUCAGAGGAUGUAAUUUCACCCUAACUUGAGGGUGAUUAAGACCACUACUACACCCCCUCCGAAGACAAGAAGUGUGAAAGUCGUCAUCUUGGUUCCAACACAACCUGUGACCCCAAAAUGCCUUUCCCCUGUGGACUACUUCUGUCAUUCUGGAGUCCGUUAGGGCCUGCCAGAAAGACAAUACAGCCUCUCCGGUGGUUCUUCUCUCGUAACCUCACAUUGAGUUCGUGGAAGAGAAUACCAGAUUUUAAUAGCUUUGUUGCCCGGACUAACACUUGUGGAGAGUUGUGUUCCUCUCACUUGGGCCAAGAGGUUACCUUGUGUGGAUGGAUUCAGUACCGAAGGCAAAGCCUUUUCCUGGUCCUGAGAGAUUUCCAUGGACUCAUUCAAGUUGUCAUUCCCCAGGAUGAGUCGGCUGCUUCAGUGAAGAAAGCAUUAUGUGAGGCCCCUAUGGAAUCUGUUGUGCAAGUGACAGGGACCGUCAUCUCCCGACCCCCAGGGCAGGAGAAUCCGAAAAUGCCGACAGGUGAGAUUGAAAUUAAAGUGAAAUCUGCAGAGAUUUUGAAUUCCUGCAAGAAGUUGCCCUUUGAAAUUAAAGACUUUUUGAAGAAAACUGAAGCUCUACGGAUGCAGUAUCGUUAUUUGGACUUACGCAGUUUUCAGAUGCAACACAAUCUGCGCCUGAGAUCCCAAAUGGUCAUGAAAAUGCGGGAAUUCCUCUGCAAUCUGCAUGGAUUUGUGGAUGUAGAAACACCAACAUUAUUUAAGAAAACUCCAGGGGGUGCAAAGGAAUUUGUGGUACCUUCAAGAGAGCCUGGAAAAUUUUACUCCCUCCCUCAGAGUCCUCAGCAGUUUAAACAGCUCCUGAUGGUCGGAGGCUUGGACAGGUAUUUCCAGGUGGCCCGCUGCUUUCGAGAUGAAGGUUCAAAGCCAGACAGGCAGCCUGAGUUUACACAGAUUGAUAUAGAAAUGUCAUUUGUUGACCAAGCUGGGAUUCAGAAGCUGAUUGAGGGCUUGCUUCAAUUUUCCUGGCCUAAGGAAAAAGGACAUAUUACUACUCCUUUCCCUUCCAUGAGCUACUCUGAGGCUCUGACCUCCUAUGGGCUUGAUAAACCAGAUACUCGCUUUGGAAUGAAGAUUCUUGACGUGUCUGAUAUACUCAAGACGACAGAGAUUGAAUUUGUGCAGAAGGCCCUCAGUGAACCCCAGGGUGCUAUCAAAGCCAUCUGUGUCCCUGAAGGAACAAAACAUCUUAAAAGGAAAGACAUUGAAUCCCUUAAAGAGUUUGCAGAAACUCAUUUUAACCAGGAAAUUUCACCUUUAUACUUGAGGUCCAACAGAAACUGGAAGUCUCCAUUUACCAAGGCUCUAAGUGAGGAACAGAAAUUGGAAUUUAUCAAAUUAAUGGAGAUCCAGGAAGAGGACCUUGUCCUACUAACUGCUGGAGAGCACACGAAUUCGUGCUCUCUGUUAGGAAAGCUCCGCUUGCAAUGCGCCGAACUUCUGGAGUCAAGAGGAUUAAUGCUCCGUGACCCGUCUGCGUUUCACUUCCUCUGGGUGGUGGAUUUUCCCUUGUUUCUUCCCAAGGAAGAAAACCCUGAAGAGUUAGAAUCAGCCCAUCACCCGUUUACUGCCCCUCAUCCUGAUGACACCCACCUCCUCUUCUCUGAGCCCAGAAAGGUCCGAAGCCAGCAUUAUGACUUGGUGCUGAAUGGCAGUGAGGUAGGUGGUGGCUCCAUCCGAAUUCACAGCGCAGAGCAGCAGCAUUACAUCCUGGAGACUGUGCUGAAGGAAGAUGUCAAGCUGCUUUCCCACUUGCUUGAAGCUUUAAGUUUCGGGGCACCCCCACACGGAGGAAUCGCUCUUGGACUGGACAGACUCAUCUGCCUCAUCACUGGAGCACCAAGCAUCAGAGACGUCAUAGCUUUCCCAAAAUCCGUCCGGGGACAUGAUCUCAUGAGCAAUGCUCCAGACUACCUCCCUCCGGAGGAACUAAAACCUUACCACAUCCAGGUCCAGUGGCCAGGAAAUUCAGAAGGGGACGGGAACUAAUUCAAACCGAGGAGCGAGAGGUCUCUGGCCUGGGAAGCUGUUUAUGAAAGAGCCUUUCCGCUUUGAAGUCUCCAAUAACCGAAGGCCAGGGUGAGAAGACUGACGUACUGCCGCAGAUUUCGCCAACGCUCUUUUUAAUUUCGGCUCUCCUGGAAGGUUGUAGAGAACUGAAGGAACAAAUGGAGACUCUCUGAUGCCUUUACCAGGUUGUGGAAUCACAGACGGGAAAUUAGAUUUUACUUGGAAUGGAGAGAGACAGGUAAGUCCUCCUGUCCCUCCAUGAAUUAGUGAUAGGAUGAGAUCGAAAUAGCAUGAUGCUGUUUGUACCGACUCGGGUAGAACAUCAUUCCAUUAAAGAUGUAAAUGAUCGAACGAAUCAUGAUUAAAUGGGAAAAAUGCUGCCAUCUAAAGGCAGGUUAGUCAAUUUUAGGGGCUCAAAGGCAAAUCCAUGUAGCCCUAGGGGAAGAGCAAAACUGUUUUCAUGGCGGGAGACCAAGUCCCACAAUCAUUUGUAGCCAACAGCCAGGAAAGAUGCUAGUCUGGGCAGCUAGUAUAGGUCUGUGUAUUUACAUUUGUUCCAGAAUUUUCAGACUUCCUGAAUAUGGCUCUUAGCUGUUGCCAGCAUGGCUCCUCAGUGGUUACAGAUGAGAGCCUUGGUGAUUUUGAACCUAAUAGCUAGUGGUUUUAAGUCUGUAACUUCUUUAGUUUCUGAAUAAAAUCUAUUUUUAAUGCU